GGUAAAUUCGGUUUGUGGUGAUUUUUUGUUUUUCACUUUUAUGUGGUUUCAGGCUCUCAGCAUUGUGUUGUUUAGAUAUAUUUACCAGGCAGGAUAAUUUUUCAGUGCUAUAAAACGAGCCAAUGCUACAAAGCUCGCAGUUCAGAGUUAAUGCUCAUUGCCGAGCUGAUCACUGAUCCUUUCAAUAUGUCUUUAUCUCAAACGCUCCACAAUGGAGACUGGAAAGUAACAGUUUUGAAGUGAACUAAUAUUUCAGAACCUUCUGUUAUCGUACUGUGCAACAUGUCAUCUGGUAGACGUGGUGGCAGAUGGGGUAUGCAUUUUAUAUCUGGUUCUGGUCCCCAGCACAGCUUGUCAACACAUUCAGUCUUCAACGAUGAAAAGUCAGAUGAGCAAGGAAGGUCUGGAGACUAUAGAAAUACUAAACCUCCGAAUUAUGCCAGGAUUGGAGGUGCAUCUGUCCCACCGCCACCAUCUCUUGGCUCUCGUAAUAGUAAAGGCUAUUCAGAUCCCAAUGAAGUUCUUAUACAGCACAGUGCUUUUACUGGAACACAUGGUAGCUCAACAAGAGCUUUCGCCAAUUUGGGCCGUAAAAGAGUUGCUGAUGAGGAUGACUACUUCUUAGAAGAUGAUGACACUGGUAAUUUAGAAUAUCAGCCAGCUCCAGGAAGUCCAGCAGCUUUAAGAAAUUCUAAUGAAGUGAAUAUUCAGUCAGAUGAUUCAGAUGACCCCUUAGAUCAAUACAUGGCUAAUAUUAAUGAAGAAGUCCAAGCUCUUCAUUCCGGUGACAAUAAGGAAUCGAAUAAACCAAAGAAAACGGCAAAAAGCGAUGUAAAAGGUGUGCGUGAUGAUAUUGAACAAGAGGAUGAAAUCGAAUCGUAUCUUAGAUUUAUGGAAGAAAAUCCACAUCUUGGAUUACUUGCUGACGAUGAGGAAGAAGCUUAUGAAUAUGAUGCUGAUGGUAAUAUUAUUGGCACUGAGAAAAAGAUGAUUGAUCCCUUACCACCAGUUGAUCAUUCAAUGAUAAAUUAUGCUCCAUUUGCAAAGAAUUUCUAUAUUGAACACGAAGAGAUCAGUAAAUUGGAUGAAACCGGUGUAGAUGCUCUACGAGCUAAACUUGGCUUACGUGUCAGUGGGCCAAGUCCACUUCGUCCUGUUUGUUCAUUUGCUCACUUAGGUCUAGAUGAACCAUUGAUGGAGGCUAUUCGUAAAGCUGGUUACACUCAACCAACACCUAUUCAAGCACAAGCUGUCCCUAUGGCAAUGGCUGGACGUGAUGUAAUCGGGAUCGGUAAAACUGGUAGUGGGAAAACAGCUGCUUUCCUUUGGCCAUUGAUUAUUCAUAUUAUGGAUCAACCAGAAUUGAAAUUAGGCGAUGGUCCAAUCGGUGUGAUAUGUGCACCGACUAGAGAAUUAGCACUGCAAAUAUACAGUGAAGCAAAGAAGUUAGCUAAAGUGUAUAAUUUAACAGUUGUCUGCGCUUAUGGUGGUGGUAGUCUAUGGGAACAACAAAAAGCUUGUGAAGCAGGUUGUGAAAUUCUUGUUUGUACUCCAGGUCGAUUAAUUGAUAUCGUAAAGAAGAAGUCGACUAAUUUACGCCGAGUCACAUAUUUAGUCUUUGAUGAAGCCGAUAAAAUGUUCAAUCUGGGUUUCGAGCCUCAGGUUCGUUCAAUCGCCAAUCAUGUGAGACCUGACAGACAAACACUUCUAUUCAGCGCCACAUUUAAACGGCGAUUGGAACGAUUGGCCAGAGAUAUUCUGGUAGAUCCUAUUCGUAUAAUACAAGGUGAAUUGGGUGAGGCUAAUGAAGAUAUAACUCAACAUGUUGAAAUUUUCAAUAAGAUAGAUGAAAAAUGGGAUUGGUUAACACGAAAUCUAGUUCGAUUCACUACUGAAGGAAGUGUGCUUGUUUUUGUUACACGUAAAAUUCAUAGUGAAGAAGUUGCACAAAAAUUAAAAUCACGUGAUCUUAAAGUUCUUCUUAUCCAUGGUGAUAUGCAUCAAUCUGAUCGUAAUUCAGUUAUACAAGCAUUUAAACGUCAAGAAGCCCCAAUUUUAGUCGCUACAGAUGUUGCAUCACGUGGUCUGGAUAUUCCAAGUAUACACAAUGUAAUCAAUUAUGAAGUGGCACGUGAUAUUGACACACAUAUUCAUCGGAUAGGCAGAACUGGACGUGCUGGUGUAAAAGGAACUGCUUACACUUUAUUUGUUGCUGGAAAAGAUCCAGUUGAUUUUGCAGCAUGUUUAGUACAACAUCUUGAAUCUGCUUCACAAAUUGUCCCACCAAGACUUUUGGAUAUAGCAUUUAAAUGUGGUUGGUUUUCAAAUAGUCGAUCUUCAUUGAAUUCUACAAGUGAAAGUGCUAUUCGACUACCAAGUGGUGGAUUUGGACCUCGACCUCCACGAUCUAGGCCGGGAUUAGGUUUAUCCUCACUUGAUAGCAAUGAAAUGAAUAAUCCACGUAGUGGCCCAGCUGCUGCUGCUGCUGCAGGUCAUGGAGCUGAACUUAUCCGUCCAGGUGGUUUACAAGCAGAUCGUUUCUCUGCAAUGAAAGCUGCAUUUACAGCUCAAUACAAUCGACGAUUUGUAUCCGCUGGUGUUGAAGCCAGUCGGUAUACACAUCCAGAAAUGUUGAAGUCAUAUAUGAAGAAUGAGAAACCUCAAAUGACUGAACAACAAUAUUGUCAAGCAGAAGAAGAAUCACAAUAUCAACAACAACAACCACAAACAGAUUCAAAACAGAAACGCUCUAGAUGGGAUUGACUGUAUAAACGUACAAUGUUCAUAUAUUAAAAGAAACUGUAUGAAUUUCAUGCAUUUGCUUCUCGCUAUCACUUCAAUAACAUAAUAAUAUGCCGUGUACUUAACUAUCAAAUCAAUUGAUUGUUAGCUGAAAUAAUUCUGAAACGGUUUCCACUACGUCGUCGUAAAGUUUUAGAAUGACACAUAAUGAAUAAAGAACGAAACGAUAAGGACUAAUAGCAACUUCGUCCAAGUUCGUACACUAGGCAACGGAGUAGUCACACACACACACACCCUAUUAUGCAACGGCUAAUAAUAUGACCUGACUAUCCCACAACUCAUUAAAUGGAACGGUAUUCGAACUCAUGACCCAAUGAAUCACAGCUUUCCGCAUAAAAAAAAGAAAACUAUCAAUUCUCUUUGAGAAGUUUGCAUUUAUUAAUUUUCUUCAGGAAAGAAAAAAAAUUACAAGUCAAUAAGAUUAACAAAACUUUUUUGGCAUAGUCAUGAACGAGUUAACAACAGAAUAGAAAUUUUUCUCCAUACUUUAAAAAAAUCCACCUGGAACAUCAGUUGUUAUUCUUAGAAGUGUUAGAUCCAAUUUCGAAUAAACAACGUCAUUUAACAGCUGUC